AGAUUGUCAAAUCCAUAAAAAUCGAAUUUGGGCCCUCCGCAAUCCCACCUCUUUCUACAAGUGACAGUUUGGCAUGGCUGCUGAGUCUGACGGAUGACAUAUAAAGGGACGGAAUCUGAAUAUGACAUCAUUGACUCGUCGUGAAAACGAACGGCAGACCAACAGGAUACAGAAUGGCGGCCUACUUGAGAGCGUCCUGUCUGAUUCUAGCCCUCUGUUGCUUUAUACUGUCCACUGAUUCUCGAGUACCACAGUGUUUAGAAAGAUGUGACGAGUGCCGCGAGUUUGCUGAUGGAGAAUAUGAUAUCGGGGCUUGCCAAAAUAGCUGUGUGAGAGGACGACUGGACCCUCACUGUAGUCUAUUUCUGACAGGUGAAAUCAAGAAAGCUUCCACUUUGAAAAUUCAGGAAUGUGUACAAUACUGUAAAUAUUGCCAAGUAACGUACCCACAAUAUGCUGGUGAAAAAUGUGUAUAUGUUUGUGAAGUCAGCAGCGGAAUGACAGUGGAUCGUGACUGUAUGGAUUACUGGCCUUGGGAAGAGACAAUAUGAGUCAUUUUAUAAUCUGUGCUGUGAAAUUUGCUAACACGAUUUCCCUUGGUGAUUUGGAUUAUAAAAUGAAGAAUGUCGAUCGUUUUUUAUCACUGGACUGCGGAGUUCAUCUGUUGGUGGGUUUUUUUUCUUUCUAGAUUGUUUUAACGCGAGUGCUAAAUGAUGUUCAGUGUCAAUUAACUUAGAUGUUUGAAACAAGUGCGGAAAUUAUCAAAAUUAAUUCAGAUGAAUAUUUCGCAUAAACCAUUCUCUAAUUAUAGAGCUACAAGUUGUGAAGAAAUCAUACUCAUUCUUAUAGCUUGAAUUUCUGAUAAUACUACAUUUAGUUUUAUGGAGGAGACAGGGAAAAUUUAUUUUAUCAAUUAAGCAAGCAAUAAAAAAUCACGAUAAUUUUCUUCAGAUUCUUUUUAUAUCUAUAACUCAUUAAUCUGAUAAAAACAGCUGGAAAUGAAAGUAAUUUGAAAUGAAGUUUAAAUGUCGCAAGAUUUUUUUUUUUUAAAAUCUUAAACAUAACGGAACGAACAAUGUAUCGAACUGAGGAAUUGUUAUUUCUAACAUGUUACUUUUUGAAAUAAGUCUCUCUCUCUCUCUCUCUCUCUCUCUCUCUCUCUCUCUCUCUCUCUCUCUCUCAUGUAUGUGUUCGUCAACAACUUGAAACGUAGAGAAAUACUUUAUGACUGAAAGAUAUCGGAUCAACUCUAGCGGACCCUUAAAAGAAAAGGGUGUUACUAUAGGAUUAAACAUUCUUUUUGAAGAAUGCUUGAUUCUUAUAAUUACAAUUCAUUCACUUAUUUAACAAUUGCAAAAAUUUGAAUAGUUUCCCCUCACUAUGUUAUUUGUUUUCAGGCGUGUGUGAAUACAUCGCGUUUUCGGGUUUAUUGAUGUAUAAACUCUUGUUCAGCUUUAUUUUUGUCCAAUCAAAACAAUUGUAAUAAAUAACAUUGGAAUUAUAACAUAA